AUGUCAUGGCGUCGAGAGGAACGCCCCAGCCGCUGGGGCGAAAACCGACCACGUUCACCCGUUUGGGAAUUACAGAAAAGUACUAGCCCAGACCGCAGUCGUCAAACUUCACCACGUGAUCGAACCAGGGAUCGUCGUGAUCGCCACGAUAGAUAUGACCGCGAACGCCGCGAUCGCGACUUCGACCGUUACCGUCGCGAUAGUCGCGACCGUUAUGAGAAACGUGAUCGUGAUCGUCGGCGGUCUCCACGGCGUUUUGAAGAUAAGGAGAUUCCUAAUCCACCGUCUCCACCAAAAAUCAGUUCCGAUAGAUCCAGAGACAGAAGCAGGUCCCAGUCCAGAAGUAGAUCUAGAAGUAACGAUCGAGACUUCGACCACGACCCACAAGAACAAUCAACUUCACCUGGUGAUUGGAUAUGCAAAUGUGGUUCUUACAAUUUCAAGAGGCGACAAAUCUGUUAUAGGAGAAAUUGUAAUGGGAAAAGGACAGAAGGUUCUGUUGUAGAUAGUGAUGAUAGGAAUAUGUCGGAUUCAACUAUGGGAAUUACAAAGCGUCUUUUGUUCAGACGCCUAGAUGCUUUAACUACUGAAGAAAAAAUAUUAGAAGCUAUUAAAGAGAGAUGUUCUAAAUCUGUUUUAGACUCAAUAGCUGGUAUUACCAUAGGUAGGGAAACAUUAACAGGAGCUUCAAAAUGUUUAGCAUAUAUUAACUUUAACUCCAUAGCUGAUUCUACUGCAGCUCAUAGUGAAUUGUUAGGUUUGAAUCCUACUCUGAACAUUGAUGGUAGGGAUGUGUUGAUAUCAUUUUAUAAUGAGCCUCAAAAAGUACCAAAAACCACAGCUAGUUCUGAUUACUCUUCAUACUAUUCCCAAAAUAAUAUGACAAACUUUAGUGCAAAUCAAACAUUAUCAGAAGCUGAUAGGGUAAAUGCUGCAGCAGCCGUUGCUCAAUCUGCUAUUACAGCUGCACAAGCUCGUCAGGUAUCAUGGACACCAGUUUCUGUCCCUGUAUUUGUAACAUCCACAACUCAAAACCCCAUAGUAGCCAAUAUACCAACUGGUGAUGGAAAAAAACAAUAUACCGCCCCAGAUGUGAGAACAUUCUUAUAUGAUGAAACCUCUGGUUAUUAUUAUGAUCCAGCCACAGGGUUAUAUUAUGAUGGAACCACUCAGUACUUUUAUAAUAGUCAGACCAGUCAAUAUAUGUACUGGGAUGCAGCUAAGUCUACCUAUAUAGCUGCUACUCAAUUACAGCAGAAUACAAAUCAGCCAAAAUUACAGAACCCUCCACAAGCUACCUCUGAGAAUACAAUUCCCAAGGAACCAGAGGAAAAGAAAAAGAAGGACAAAGAGGAUAAAGUAAAAGUUGCAAAAAAGAUAGCAAAAGAUAUGGAAAGAUGGGCACGGACCUUAAAUCAGAAAAAAGAAAAUGCUCGUAGUAAUAUCGUGAUGGAGCAACCUCAAGACCAUUCAGCUAGUAAAGGGUCUGCUGAUAUUGGUUUCUCUGUACUUGGUGCAGGGCCCUCUUUGCAACAUCACCCCCAUGUAAGAGAAAUUUCACCACCCACUACUAAUGAUGAUUUCUUGAUCAAAAGACCUGAACUGGUUCAAUUUGAUUCUGAUGAGGGGAUUAUAGACUGGAUAAAACUGACAUGUCUAAUUUGUAAAAGAAGAUUUCCGUCAGCUGAUGUUUUAACUAAGCACAAAAACUUAUCUGAUUUACAUAAACAGAACUUAUUGGACCAUCAAAAGAAAAAUAAUUUGAUGCCACAAAUAAAUGGUUAUAGAGACAGGGCUGCAGAACGCAGAAUGAAAUUUGGCGAAGAUGAGCCACCUAUUCGUAAGCGUAAUUCUUAUGAGUCAGAUAUUCAAACUCCAAUAUUUGCACAUGCACCUCAACCCGUUGUUGAUACAAUUGGGGGGAAAAUGUUACAAAAAAUGGGGUGGUCGGAAGGUAGAGGCUUAGGCAAAGAGGAACAAGGCCGUAUAGCACCAAUUGAAGCUCAACAGAGAGCAGGCUUAGCUGGACUGGGACAAAAAUGGGGAAUUUAUACCCCAACACCUGGGCUUACUUAUAGAGACACAGUUAAAAAACUUAUGAUUGCAAGAUAUAAGGAAGUUAUUCAAGAAGAGGGAGAUUAG